UGGAGGAGGGUCAUGAAGGGUUAACCCAGUUCCUGAUGAAUGAAGUCAUCAAGCUGCAGCAGCAGGCCAAGGCUAAAGAUGUCCAGAGAGUUGACCUGAUUGGGAAACAGCGCACCCUGGAGGAUGAACAGAAGAAACUACGCCUGACCAACCAGGAACUAUCAGCCUUCCAGCAGAGAUACAACAAGAUGAAGGAAGACAGGAACAACUAUAAUGAUGAGCUACUAAGGGUGAAGGAUGAGAACUACAAGCUGGCCAUGCGGUAUGCAACACUCAGCGAGGAGAAGAACAUGGCUGUGAUGAGGAGCAGGGACCUGCAGCUGGAGAUUGACCAGCUGAAACACAGACUAAACAAGCUGGAGGAGGAGUGUAAGAUGGAGAGAAGACAGAGUCUGAAACUGAAGAACGACAUUGAGAACCGACCCAGAAAAGAACAGAUCUUCGAACUGGAGAGAGAGAACGAGGUUCUGAAGAUCAAACUGCAGGAGCUGCAAUCUAUCAUACAGCCAGGGCCUCUGCCUGCGUCUGACAAGGCGAUCCUGGACAUUCUGGAACAUGACCGCCAGGAGGCGUUAGAAGACAGACAAGACCUGGUCAACAGACUGUACAACCUGCAUGAAGAGAUACGACAGGCUGAGGAGCUACGAGACAAGUACCUGGAGGAGAAAGAGGAUCUGGAGCUGAGGAGCUCUACACUACAGAAGGACUGUGAGAUGUACAGGAACAGAAUGAACACCAUCAUUAUACAGCUGGAGGAGGUGGAGAAGGAGAGGGACCAGGCGUUCCGGGCCAGAGAUGAAGCCCAGCACCAAUUCUCUCAGGGUCUGGUUGAUAAAGACAAGUACAGGAAACAGAUCAGAGAGUUGGAGGAGAGGAGUGAUGAGCUGCAUAUAGAGAUUGUUCAUAAAGAGGCUAAGAUCGUCACGUUGGAGUCCAGACUGAGACGACUGUCGAAAGAUACGGCUCUGGACCAGAGUUUGCCCAGAAACGUCCCCCCGACUGUCAUCGCUCAGGUGAUGGGGGAGGAGCCUAAAUCUCUUGCCCAAUCAGAGGGCUCCAGUGACGAGUCGCCAGAGGAGAAGUUCUUCCUUCCAGAACCCCGCCUCAAGAGACGACACAACCUGAAAGCAGUGAUUACCAGAGUGAAGUCUCCAGUCUCCACCCCCAAAACUCUGGACCUGCCAAUAAACACAGAGGACAUUCUCCGUCCAGGUGGUGGUGGAGCGUCUCCAGAUGUGAUGAUGUCAGAGAGUCACCUGAGCAGCACGUGCCCCCCCUCCCCCUCCCACUCCCCCUUCCCCAUCCCCAUCCGCCCCAACACAGAGCUGCCCAGCAAGACUACCAUG